UAGCUUAACAACAUGAUAGGACCUGCCGUUACUACUCACAGACAAAUCGAAACUAAAGAUAUCAGUUUCCCUUAGUGCUAAACAACAUCCUAGUUUUGUAUAAGGUUCAGUUCGCAACAUAUCAUUGAAGAUUAUAUAUUUAAAUUUAUCACUUCGUAGUUGCAGCAGUUGUGAAAAUAUGUACAAGUAUUGAAAAGCGAUCGACUUUCGCAACAGACUUGCUUAGAAAAGAUGGAAUAAAUUUACGUUACACUGAAAACUAAAGUAAAACAAGACAUCUUCUCUGAAAUAAACGAAGAAAAAAGAUUAGAUGGACAUGCAGUACAGCUAAACCUUUUUUUUUCCACUUCCACUUGGAGUUUAUGAAACAUGGGUCAUCGGUACAGAUUAAGUAAAAUGCAAAAUUCAAGAAGUUAAUAUUUCUUAUAUAAAUGGGUAGAAUAGAAAAGCUGUCUGUAACUAUCCGUGCAAAGCACCUGUAUGUUUUGCCUAGACUCUUUAAUACCGAGCCUUAAUACCGACAGCCGUGAGAGGGACAGGACUAAGCUGAGUGUCCGUAUGGGUAUGUCUAGCUCUGUGUUAUGGAUCUAGAGAUUGUGUGCCGUAUUCUGGUCUCUCCUGGAGCGAGUGAACUGUCCUCAUUUCUGUAUUAUAGAGGUAUCCUUAUCAUAGGGGUAUCCGUAAGGAUGGCGGUACGGUCAAUUGAAGUCAUUGGUGCACUCGCAGCCUGACAGUUUUCAAAUCGACUUCGUGUUAUGUCGCUGAGCAUAACACGAACCAACCUUGCUUUGAACCAACCAAAAACAGUAAACCUGAAAAGCAGACAAACCCAGAUGUGUACCGUCACUGAUUAAACAAUGUGAAAUGCGAAAUUGUGCAAGACGUGUUCUAGCUAUAUGUCUGAGGGUGUUCAAAGACCGGCAGGGAAGUUUACCAAAAUGUUCCUUUAUAUACCCACCGCCAAACGACAAAAUUAAAUUUCAAUAUCUAUGCUGUGGAGUAUUCAAACCCGAAUUGUUCUCAUUUUGUCUAAAAUUCAUAGGAAUAAAUGGACGUUCUUCCCUUACUGACUACAAACAAACUACUGUGGAGCCAUCCCUUCAAACGUCCACCAUACCACCUUCAACAAUCACCUCUACUAUUAACACUGGUCUGCAUACUCAUCAAGUUACGGAAUAUGACGCGUCUAAUAUCAGUGUUGCAAAUUCUUCAGUCGCAAGUUUGGUCCAAUCUGCAUCACUCAUCAGAAUGAUAUCUCAUUCUUCAAAAUUAGUUUAAAGUCAGUAUAACUCUCGAGGCUCAAACACGAUGGCAUCGAGGCAAGAAGACAGAUCGAGCUCCGAGAUGUAUGUCACCGUAGCAGCAACUGAUGGAUCAGCGGGGGGAUCUAAAACACAAACAGCAAGACACAGCUUCACCAAUGGUAAUAGCUUACGAACAACGAUAACACAUGGAAGCUUGACAAAGACAAUACUCCCAUCUUUCUCUACCAAAAGAAGUAAGGAAUCCUUUUCUGUGACACCCAUGGUUGGACAAUCAUCUACUUUUUCACUACCAAGUGGAGGAAAUGGAUCGCUCGACGUAUCCGCGCUUCCAAGCUCUACAAUAGGUAGUGAAUCUUUACAAACCUAUCCAAGGACAGUUGCUUUCUCUAUGUCGGUAACGACUAGUACACCAAAAACUCAACUCGAUACCAGUUACAAUAUGUCAGCUGCGUCGGAAACACUCAACUUGGCACAGACGUUGAAACUGUCUACAAGAAGGAGUUUGGUAACUUCCCAUGGUAACACAACUACAUCAUUUGCCCUGAGCAUAACAUCAUUGACACACACGAACAACUCUUCAGGUGUGCUGUCUGUUAUCCAUCCCACAACAGGUAGUGUUGCAACUGUUAGCACUAUUGGAUCGUCAUUACCACCAGUCUCUUUCAUACCCGCCAUCCCUUACUCUGUGACCAAAACAUCCUUGAUUUCUAAGAUGUACCAAACUACAGAUGUUCUUUCACAUGUCUCAGUAUCCUCUAAUAACAUUUCUUUGCCUAACAUUCUCAGCAAAACCGCUGUGUUGGAACGUACCCCGUACAGUGGUUCCGAUAAGCUGUUAACAACAGUUUUCUCAGAGGUUCAUGCCACAAGAGUGAGUAAUCCAGUGAUCACUUCGUUUCAGACGAUCACAGCAAAGAGCAUUUUAGCUGAAGCCAAUACCUCAAGUAAGCUAUUUUUAUCUAGCAGUGCUUCAGGGAGCCUAGUAACCUCUACUUAUCAAACAGAGAAGAAUAUUAUUUCCGGUUCUCCAACAGUCAGUAUGGAAUAUUCAUCAAGAAUGAUUAAAGACUCUGCAAGUGAAGUCUCUAUUAAAGACGCAUCAGAAAAAUUGACAAGUACUCAACAUCUCUCUGCAACAAUAACUUCUGCAUUUUCAUCAACGAUAAAAGAAGCCAUGGUACGGAACAAUACCUCAAACAUAAGAAUCCUUGACUCGAGCCUUGAUACUUUCGCACCCAGGAGUAUUUCAAACAUCAAAUCUACCAUGUUUCAGAUCUCAUUUAGUUUGUCCACAUAUCCUUUUGCUCCUUCACUCACAGCUGAAUCACUAUUUUCUGUCAAAGCGUCCAACACAAGUACUUCACUUACGGCAUCACAAGCAGGAAGUGGUAGCCGAUUGCAGUCUCUAACGUCGGCGCAUGCAUCGUCUUCUUCACCCUUCAUUGUAGAUCCCGGUGUUUCCGAAACGUCUGUACUAGUACUAACAACGCAAAAGCCAUCAAAAGGUGUGUCAGUCACCAUGCAUGACAAACCAUCGAUCUAUGCUUCCGUAAUAACAGUAUCCAGUCCCUCCACUGGUACAAACUUGAGUUCCGCAGUAAAGUUCCCUUCGACAAGCGAUACCAAACAACAGCGAACAUCUAGUAUUUUCGUCUUUGCAAUUAGCUCGCAUGCCAUCAGACCGACAGAACUUCCUUUUGGAUCAAUAAGCACAAAUACUCUUCCUGGUAACUCUAUUUGGACUUCAUUUUCGAAAACCAAAGAAACCCUGGACAGCAUUCAAACACAAAGUUCGCCUUCUCAAGAAACACCACCAUUCACUGGCAGAAUCACCUCUAGCAUCGGCCUUGAGUCGACAAAAACUUUUGGAACUGCAACAACUGCACUUGUAGCUACUGUCAGUGUCUCGACACAAGCAGGACCACCAGCUGUGAGUCCAAAGCAGUUUGACGUUACCAUGGUAUUGCAAAUGACUUGGGAGUCGCACUACGAGUAUUCGUAUACUCCAGAAUUCCAAGCUCUUGCGUCUAAAGUUAAAACACAAGUUACUGCAGUGUUGAUAACACUCGACGGCUUUCUUUCCCUGAACGUUUUACGCUUCUGGAAGAGUAGCGUUGGUGUUGAUCUUGUUGUGUUUAUGAAAAAAAGCACCGAAGCGAGCGAGAAUACCGUAGAAAGAACGCUCGUAGAGGCGAAUAAUAGUGGUGUUCUGGAUUUGCCUCUAACAAGCAUUCAAGUCCAGGAAAGAGAAACAACACAGUCUACAAAAGAAGACAAAUCGAUUGAGCGAUGGAUAAUUAUCCUCAUUGUUGCUGGUAUCCUGGUAUUCUUGAUGUCGCUGAUAAUCUGCUCUUUGUUGGUAAAAUUGACCAAUCAAAGGGGUGGAUUGCGUAGAAGGAGCAAGUACCAGGUUUCGGGAGCCAACAGUUACCUCAGCUAUCUGUACACUGACUGCCCACACUCAGAAUCAAAACCUGUGAUAUUAAGGAUGGAAGAAAGAAGAAGUGAUCUCAAAGACGAUUCAUCUGCUGCAAGUGCAUACGGAACUGUGCACAGCAGCAGCAGUAGAGAGGAAAGCAUGUCCCACAAGGAUGACAGCAUCCCGCCUAUUGACUACACCAACAGUGACUAUGAGAGGAUAACCAACGACCCCGCAACCUUAAGCACUGUGACAUUAGGCAAGGAGGAAAGAGUUAAGGAGCUCCAAGAAGACCCCAUAAAUAUUACGCCAUACACCUCCACUGGCAGUGACAGCAGACAACGUCUUUCGCACAAAGAAGUCCAGGCAAAAAUUUCAACUGACGAAGAAUGGGUCCACCAGAAUCAUGGGUUCAAAGAUGAAGAAACAUUUUAACAAAGAAAACAACAAACAUCUGGUGAAUGCGCGUACUUUGAUUGACGCUGUCUACUUACGCAGAGCUGGACUUCCUGACACGAAAGACACUUUUAAAAUCACAAAAUACCUGCGUUUCUUCUUUUAUAACUAAGCAGGCAAGUUGGCAAAUAUACAGGACUUACGAUCCAAGUUAUAGUUUAAAAAUGGACGAGUAACCAGCUGGAUAAGACAUAUUUAAAAUUUAAAAAAACGUUCUAUGGUUGAAAUAGUUUAAAAUUACGAGCUUUCGAUUCUCAGUCUGCAAUCUUUGACAAAUAGUGAAUAAUUCUUUUAUUCAGUAUUUGUCAAAAAGCUCGUAAUUUUUUUAAAUUUUAAAUACAAAUUAUAGGUAUAAGCAAUUUAAGAGUCAUAAUGUGAAUAGUUCUGAAACCCGAGACGAUAGAAUUAUGAUAAAACUUGCUAAGAGACCUGGUUACUUGUUCCUUAUGAUGAGCCGUCCACAGUAAACCAGUCCAUGACAGUACCACCCUUUUUGAAUUAGACUGCUGAAAGUGUUAGUAAUAUCUUCUGUUAAGUGUCUCAGUUCAUGUACUGUACUUUAUUGAGUACGUGACGAUGGCAUUACUACAAUUACAUCUACCUCGAGUAUUCCGGUUAUUCGGAAACUUUCUAUAUGAGUACAAAACGACAAAGGUUUCACUUUAGGUUAACAGUGAUUUAGUAAACCUUUAACCAACCCGACUAAAGUGGGCCCCUACGCACUGGAAAUACAACCUGUGAUUCCGGUCGAAGCUUCAAAGUACAGGUGGAAAACAUCUAGUUCGUUUAGCUUUACAAAGUACACAGUGAAGUCUUUGAAUCGCUCAUCAUUUAAAAACUGGUAAUCUCUGUCCAUAAACAAGACAAACCUAGAAAAACACCUUACUGUAUUUACAGUUUACACCUCUGUGACCAUAGUUAAUAGAUGGAAACUGGCAGAGUUCUUUGUUGUAUGUUUUUGUUGUCUAUUUUUGGGGGUCGACCCUGCACAAAACCUGGAAAAUUACAAAAGGUGGUUAUGGGGGUCCAUACAACUAACCAAUAGAGGCAUUGCGAUUAUAUAAUUCAUGCAUAGUCUAUGAGCAUAAAACAAAAGAUGUGCAGGGUCAAGGACCUUCCAACAUACAUCUUAGCUUAUUUAUUUACUUCUUGAUGUUUAACGGGCUUCUUAAUCAUUUCCUCUUUUAACUAUGACCUUAUCUUACAGCUACAAAAUUGAAAUACAUAAUUACCAUCUCAGAG